CAAGGCAGUCGCGGCAGGGCGAGCGCGUCGCGCAUGAAUCAUUCACAGCCACGCUAACGGCGGGGCGGGGGAAUUCCGGCGGUCAACAGGGCUGUGACGAUUGGCCAGCGAAGGGCGGGCGAGGGAGGCGCUCGAGGCCGGGCCGUUCGCGUCUAGCGCAAUGCAAUGCAGUGUAACGCAGUGACCGCGCCUCGGCGCUGCUGGGGCAACGGCGUCUCUUUCUGCUGUGUGUACAAACGCGCGGGCUGACGCGGAUUGGCUGAGGCGCGGGUUAAAGAAGGAGAAUAACGGCGGAGAAAGAGGCUGGGGGUAGCGGCCGCCUCGUCUUCUUCCCCUUCUCCCCCUCCCGCCUCUGGCCAGCGACUGCGUCGCGUGCCUCGUGCGAGCGACUCGUCUACCAGACCCGCUUUCCACAGCGCUUGAAGGGACAGCGGCGGCGAGGAGGGGCGCCUCCUGCUCCCUCUAUGCUGCUGCGUGACCCUCCUGAGAAAGAUGCCGCUGCUGUUGGGAGCACCGCUUGGAUAACCCCUCUCCAUGUACUUGCCGCCGCCGCCGGCGCUUCUCAGGCUGGAUAAAGGAUGCUGCCCUGGUCGGUGGGGGCUGUGACCAGGGGAUCCGCGGCCGCUUCGUUUUCUCCAGUCCCGGCCAUUGGGGCUCCCCCUGCCUCGGCCGCUAGCUCCCUCGGCUAGCGAUGACUUCAAAGCAUCAGGCGGACUGGAUCCCUUACAGUGUUUUAGAUGAUGAGAGUAGCAAUCUGCGACAACAAAAGCUUGACAGACAGAGAGCACUGCUUGAGCAGAAGCAGAAGAAAAAACGUCAGGAGCCACUGAUGGUUCAGUCCAAUGUGGAUGGCCGCACAAGGGCACGCAGAAUGAAACAGUCAGAAGAACAAGCGCCAUUGGUUGAAUCUUACCUCAACAGCAACAGCAGCAUCAUUUAUCAUGCAGUACAGGAGGCUGAGCAAGGAGACGUAAAGGUGGUAGCAGAGUCGCAACAAGCUCCAAAAUCAACUAAAAAAACUAAGGCAGCCACAGGAGGCUUCCAAACUGGCAACGCCAGAAAGGAGAAAAAGGGGAAACACAAAGGAAUUGAUGGUCCAGCUGCUUUUCAAGAUGAUGUGCAGGAAGUAGGGAGUCAAGUUCAAAUUCUUACUGUUGGAGAGGCUUGCCAAGAUGAGGAUGAUGGUGAGACAAUAGCUAUCAGUCAACAACAAGGGAAGCAGGACCUUAGACUAACAAUGCAGAAAAAAGGCAUUUCAAGUAGCAUGAACUUUGAUGAAGAGGAGGAUGAGGAGGAUGAAGACAGCUCAAGUUCAUCUCAGUUAAAUAGUAAUACCCGACCAGGUUCUGCAACAAGCAAGAAAUCGAAUAAGGAGUCAGCCUCAGGGCCCAGCCCUUCGACAAACAACUCUGUAAUAGACGUAGAUGAUCUAGAGGAGUUUGCUGUGAGACCUGCUCCUCAGGGGGUUACUGUCAAAUGCCGAAUCACAAGAGACAAGAAGGGAAUGGACCGUGGAAUGUACCCUACUUACUACCUCCACCUGGAAAGGGAGGAUGGUAAAAAGGUAUUUUUGUUAGCUGGAAGGAAGCGAAAGAAGAGCAAAACCUCAAAUUACCUCAUCUCCAUUGACCCAACAGACCUGUCACGAGGAGGAGAGAGUUUCUUUGGAAAACUAAGAUCAAAUCUUAUGGGGACAAAGUUUACAGUUUACGAUAAUGGAGUAAACCCAAUGAAAACAACAUUGAGCUUGGAGGCAAGUAACCUGCGCCAGGAGCUAGCUGCUAUUUGCUACGAAACAAAUGUUUUGGGGUUUAAAGGUCCUCGUAAAAUGAGUGUCAUUAUACCAGGGAUGAAUAUGGAUCAUGAAAGAGUUUCGAUAAGACCACGCAAUGAGCAUGAAACACUCCUUGCACGGUGGCAGAAUAAAAACACAGAAAGUGUCAUUGAGCUGCACAACAAAACUCCAGUCUGGAAUGAUGACACCCAGUCCUACGUUUUAAAUUUCCAUGGUCGUGUGACCCAGGCCUCAGUGAAAAACUUCCAAAUUAUUCAUGAUAAUGAUCCUGACUAUAUUGUGAUGCAGUUUGGCCGUGUGGCUGAGGAUAUUUUCACCAUGGACUACAACUACCCAAUGUGUGCACUUCAAGCCUUUGCCAUUGCCCUGUCCAGUUUUGACAGCAAGUUGGCUUGUGAGUGAACAAGCGUACAUCCAAGCCUCACUACAGCCAAAACCAUGUGCCACCAGAAGGAGUAGUGAACAGAAGUUCCACAUUUUCUCUGGUGUCAUCACUGGUUUCUUACUUUAACAGAGCAGGUAAAAAUUGCUUUUAGAAGGACCAACCCUUUUGCUGGAGAGAAAAUAUUUUAAAAUUCAGGACUUUCAGGAAAUAUUUUUUUCCUUCAUCUAGUCUCUAUUUUUCUGGAAGUGGCAUCAGAGAACUGUAAAUAGAAGUCCUAUCUUACACCCUCAGUUAUGUUAUGAAGAUGUGCCAUGAUGUAUUGUAUCGUGGCUUAAAGUGAAAACACCAUUGAGAGUGGUGUUUCUUUUUUCUAAAUCCAUGAAAGCUGUUGCAGCACAAAUCUGGUUUUAGAUUUAAGAAGUAUUCAGAGGCUAUAAGGAUACCUCAAGAUGGCAUUAAAUACCUUGAGAGCUUCACAUCACCCACCUUAGAAACAAGACUACACGAAAGAUGCACUUUAAAAAAACCACAUACACAGAGAUAAAGGUAGCAUUUAGUCUCUUUGGCAAGACUGAACUUGAUUUGUGAUAUUGCUUAUAUGAGAGAGGCCUAACGAAUUUUUACUUAUGAUAAGGGAUGGGUAGGAGAGAAGCAGGAAGCACAAGUUAAUGUUGCACAAGUCACUUGUAUUCCAAGGUGUCAUUUUAUAUAUGUAUUUUAAUUUAAAUCUUACUUUCAAAUGCAAAUUUCAUUGUUAUUUUUAAAGAAGAAAACCAACUCUUGCAAAAUUUGGAUUCUAGAAAUUAUGUUGUAUUACAAUAGUAAUUCACAUUUAGGAAACUUGCUUACGUCACAGAGAGCAUGCAUUUGCUUUGCAUAUAUGUCUCAGGUUCAAUCUGUGACAUGUUCAGUUAAAGCAGGGAUGUGGGAACCUGUGGCUCUCCAGAUGUUGUUGGACUUCAACUACUAUCAGCCCCAACCAGCAUGGCCAUAGGUCAGGAAUGUUGGGAGUUGUUGUUCAGCAACAUCUGGAGGGCUGCAGGUCCCCCAUAUCUCUGAGUUAAAGAUUCUGAAGGGCUGGGCUAGACCACUGAUCUCGAAGAGCUGCUCCUCAUCAGGAUAGUCAAUACUAGUCGAGAUGAAUUGAGGUCAGAAUAAGGCAGCUUCAUAUGUUCUGCAGUUUAAGUCAAUGGCAUUUAAUUACUUGCAUGAAGACCUCUUCAGACAACUGCCUCUUUACAACAGUGGUAUAGAAGAUACUGGAGCUAUUGAAAAAUGUUAUUAUUGCCAAAUUUGUUUUGCCCUUUUGAAUAUAAAAUCUGAGCAUUAUCCUAUGCUAAACCUACAAUGACUUAUACGGUCCAUGCAUCUUUUUUUCAUAGAAAGAACUAUUAGUUGCAUAUUGAUGUGGAAGUGCCACCAACUGAGCCUGAGCCCAUUUACUGCCCAAAUAUUUUGAAGGUUACAUACACCAGGAACUUGUGUUGGACAUACAAACUGAUUCUUAAAAUUUCCUGGAUUAGAUUUGCCUUUUUAUUAUUAGUAGAUCAAAUAUUUCAGAAUACAGGCUCUUGCAUUUUCAACUUGCUUGUCUUUUAAACCCAAAGAUACUAAAGACUGAGUUGAAAGGAUGGGUGACUACUUUGAUCCUGAUUCAGAGAUAGUAUUCAAUAAGGCAUUAUAUGCAACAUGGGAGAAAGCAAGAGGCAGGGGGCCCAGCUGUUGUGAGAAGAUACUCUUUCCUGGCCACAUCAGAAGAAGGCUAGGGGUGAGCACCUUCACCAAAACUGUGUAAGGUUUACUGGGAUUCGAAUGUAUGUCAUUGUGUAGUCAGCAGUGAAACUGACCCCUCCCACCGAAGUGAAAACACAGAAGACAAAGCAGCAGUGACCACUCCCCUAGACUGGGAGAAGCUUAAAAUAAUGAUAGUUCAUCCAGCACAAGGAUUCGCCCAGUGAACUACCAAGUUAAAUAUGACAGCUGAUUAUAAGAGUGGCAAAAUGCUUUCAUGCGGCAGGUAAACAGGGACUGUGAGAUGCACAUGUGCUGGAAGAGCUUUACAAUGGAAUCCUAAAGCGGCUUACUCAGAAUUAUUUCAUUUAUUUAAAAUAUUUAUAUACAGUACCAUCCGUCAUCCUAUUAAAGGCCAGUGUACAGCCAAUUGUAGCACAGUACAAAUAAAGUAAUAAAACAACUAAAACUUACAAGGCAUUGAAAUGCCUAGGUGAAUAAAAGCAUUUUGCCUGGUGCCAUAGAUUACACUGUAGGUGUCAAAUGACCCUUUUUACAGAGGACAGUCCAUAACAGAGGCAUCACUGCUGAAAAACACACACCCUUUUUAUUUUUUUAUGUUUACAAGUAUGUAAACAUCACUUAAUAUUUAGACAAAUUCCAAAUCAGAACCCAAUAAAUGAACAUGAAAUAUUACUUAAUAAAUCCACAUUGACCAGUAAGAUAAAGGAAGUAGGUAAAGUUGCUUGUUGAUGUCAGUUGUUGAAUGGCAUGCCUCCAUUGAAAAGGGCACCUGAAAAAGGACCUCAGUACAAGAUCUCAAAGCACAGGCAGAUGGACAUAGGAAGAAUUAGUCUUAGACUGAUUUCAAUAGAUCUUUCUCCCUAGUAAGAGUGUUUAGGAUUGCAGCCUCAGAAACAUGACCUUCACUUAGCUGCAAGGAUCUUCUUCUUCUUGACAGUUUUUCUAUAUUACCAAAUAUUAUAUAAUAAGAAAAUUAAGAUCCAGGGACUGGCUGCGAGGAGAGCUUAUAUCCAUCUGGGCCGUGUAUUUUCAUACAUUCAGAGAAACAUGUUCUGUUCUAUGUAUUUGCCCCUGAAGGGUAGAUUUUUACGAACAUGGGGGCAAAGGGAUUUCAGUAUUGAAGUGUGCAUGUGGAUUAUUGUGGCUUUAAAAAAUGGGUUUGUUUUGUAGAUUCUUUAGGAAAGGUAAGGGAAAGUGAAAUUAUCAGUAGCAAUGCUUCCCAAAGUGGGCAAUGGGAAGACUCAAGUGAGAGUUUGUUGGUCCCUUGGGGCAGUCCAUCAAAAAUUUUCUAAACAAGGGGUUUGUUUUCUCACUGUUAUUAAUUACAAAAAAGUCAUACAUUAUUAACCAUAGUGGGAGAGUCUAUACUUUAGCACCAAGUCACUCCAAGUUUUAGAUUAGAGAUUUGGGUUCAGGGGCACCUGCAGGGAGCAUGGUUCAUAGCAACAAAUUUGAUUUUUGUUAUCGCUCUGGCUGAAAACCAAAAAACUGUCAGGAACAAGCCUAGGUGUAUUCUACCUGCACCUCAGCCUCAGUUUUCAAUUUGGACCUUGAAGUAAUUUGAUCGAAUUCUCAUAGCCUCUAUCUCAAUAACGAAAUGGUCUUAUGGAGUGAUGUCCCCCACCCAAAUAAUAACAUGACCAUGCUUUGCUGUCCUAAAUGUUCAAAGAGUGUGUUUGUGUUUGUUACAUCAUCACUUUUUCUUAGAAGGUCUUGAAUAGGUCAAAUGUUCAGCAGGGAAAACAUAACAAAAAUAGGGCAUGAUAGAGUCUUAUGAAAUUAUGCAAGGAGUGGAAAAAGCAGAUGAAUAUCAUUCCCAGCCCCAAUAAUAUUAGAGCUUAGCGUCAGCCAGUAAAAUCCACAACAUUGUGUGUUUCAUCACACAAUGCAUAGUUAAUGCAUGGAAUACACACAAUGAGCAUUGAUAUGAGGCUUUCAGAAAGGGGAAGGCAUGGAUCAGAAAUGCAAUUCAGUUUGAAUUUAAAGCCAAAUCUAUCAAAUUCACCAUUUCCAAAACAAUAUGAGUAUUGAAAUACAGCCAGCCUUCAAAAUUCACACUCACCCAAAUUUUGCGAUGCAGUUUUCCAACCA